AUGCCAAAAAGCCGUGCUAGUAAUGUGUGCUAUGUACCCAACCCAAUAGUUAAAAGGGUGCUAGAUGUAGAGAAAUGGUACGAAACGGGCCCUUUCAACGUUAUCCUUUGCUUAAAUCUGCUGGACCGAUGUGACCGACCUCAUACUCUGUUGAGACGUCUGAGAUCAUCCUUAGCUCCUGGUGGCCGCCUGAUUGUAGCACUAGUUCUUCCGUUCAGCCCUUAUGUGGAGGUCGGCGAACGGGGUGAUCAUAAACCAUCCGAAUAUUUACCAAUAAAAGGAAAUGGCUUAGAAGGUCAAAUUGCGAGUCUAGUUGAUAGAGUUUUUGCACCGUUAAGUUUGAGGUGCCUUGCAUGGAGUAAAUUACCAUAUCUUUGCGAAGGUGAUCUUGGUCAGUCGUAUUAUUUUCUUGAUGAUGUAAUUUUCGUUCUAGAAGCACAUCCUACUAAUAAGGAAUGCUGUGAAUUUUCAACAGAAACCGUUUCUGCAGUCUCGUAUGUUAGGAAUAACUAAAAUAACUCACUCCAUUUCCGAAUGGAUACACAAUGAUAGAAAUCGCAAACUAGCGGUAUAAUUUCGCUUCCAUUGUACUCCAUAUAAAAUAUGAAGGAACAAUACUAUAAAACCUCAACAGAGUUUUUAUAAUGAUGUUAAAUACGAAGUUAAUUGAAAAAGAACAUGAAUUUAUUAUAAAAGUGGAAAUGCAGAAGAAUAAUGUUAGAAGUGACACAUUGAUUAAAGUUUCUUCGGUAGCAAAAAUAAAACCGUACAUUGAUUAAAGAGCCACGUAACGAUACGUAGCCGUAAAUAUGAACAUAGAGUAAAUGAAAAGUACGAAAUUUAAAAUAUUUUAACGAACGUGAAUGUACAGAUAUCGCCGAUAUAUGUAAUAUUAGUGCACUGUGUGUAUUACUGAUUACACUGUCUAACAAAUUCUCAUGUCUUAUAGUUAUGUAAUACUAGUUAAGUACUUUAUAUAAUUUACCACGCUGAACACAAAUCUAGAGUUGGUAUUCCUUUAUCGGUAUUAUCGAUAUGUGAAAAAUACUUACAAAAUAUUUUGUUGAGUUCUGAAUCAUAUUAAACAUACACAUGUUAGUUAUAUCAUAUUCCUCAUAAGCUAAAUAUUGGCAAUAGUAUACAUAUAAUUUAGGCUUUCGUUUGUUGAGACGUGUGAAUACGUAGUUAGAAAAGUCGUUACUAGUAGGCUAUCAACAAAAUAGCGGUAAUCACCAGUAUCGUAAAUAUUCUAUUCAGUAAACGUGUACUAAAAUGCACAAAUCUCGUCCGGGCUUAAUUCAAUAUAAUAAUAUAGUACUAUACGCAUUGAUACUGCAACAAUAUUUCUUGCGUAGGAUGGAUACGGUUGUUGUAAAUGGCUCAUUCAAAAAAGAAGUAUAAAAUUAAGAUACGGUAACAAAAUUCAUUCUUUUUGCAAAAACACUAUUUCAUUUAUAUAUAACUUCAUCCAAAGAAAUACCACAAAUGUACGAUCUUUAAUUUGUCUGUGAAAAUUUCGAAUUUAGAGAAAAGAUUUCACAUUAAACUAAAUCGAUUUCACUGAUCAUGAGAAUAAGCAGAGCGGAUAGAUAAAUUACGGAAGAAAAAGUGAUAACGUGUUUGUAAAAUGUAAGCAUAUAUUUGGUUUGAAAAGGGAGUAUACACAUCAACUAAUUGAAAAUAAUAUUAGUUAUAGUUGCUUUUGUUUUUAAUUGGUCCAAUCAGCUAUUUUGAUACUGAUUUAAAUAAGCAUCAGGCUGUAUUUUCGUAGAAAUUGAGCUCUACCGUGGGUCAUUUUUUGUCUAUUGCGUGUUGUCCGAUUGAUUUACAUUUCUAUAUAAUGCUUAAGUAAUUUCUUCCGAAUAUUAAUAUUUACAAUAUAAUUAUUUACAAUAUAUUAUAUAACACUGACAAUGUACCAUUUAUGUUUGAAAGCGUACAAGCCAUUACGCAAUUAAUAUGCACUUUGUUACAAAAUAUAUUUUAAUAAUUGUUGUUUAUUUUUACAGAAUUCAAUUAUAUCUUAUUAUUCAUUUUUUGUAAUUACAUAAUUGAGCGAAACUAUGUUCCCCAAAAGAAUUAAAGAGACAACAGUGUUUUUGCAAGAAAAUUGUGAAACUUUGAAGCAGCAAGGUAUAACUCUGCAAGGAAUCGUUCUACAUACAAACACUUCCAUAUUUCUUACAUGUCAGAAGUUAAAAAAAUACGUACGAGGGACGUACAAAAAACGAAAAGGAAGAGAACGUAGAUGAAUUACAUAUCAGCGAAAAGAGUACGUGAUACAACAAAAAGUAUAACAUGAAAUUAAAGCCGAAAGAACAGUAUUUCACGUAAAUUUGGCACGAUGAUUGAAAAAAUCACUCUACAUAGCGUGAUGCGCUGAAAUUGCAAUUUUUAUUUCAACUCCAAAACUAACGAGUGCAUUAUUGAGAUAAAAAAGCGUUGCAAAGUAGUCGUUAUAGACUUUAAUAUGAUUUACUUCUUGUGCCAGUAAAACAAUUCCUCGCAAAGUUACAACAUUUUAAAGUUUGAACAUUUUUUUUGCAAGAAACUGCUGUCUUUUCAUUGUUUUGAAGAAUUUAUAUUUUAAAAAAUUUUGAAGGAAGAAAUUUUGCAUUGUAGGACUAUCUAAUAAAGGGAUAACUAGACGUUGGUAUGUGUAUGUCGAUACUUACUUUCAUUAAUGAAAGGUCAUUACUAAUGGAUUUAUUUGUACAAGCAAUAAGAUACGCAUUUUAGUCAUAUUCAGUAGUAACCGUCUCUAACGAUACUAACAAUGAGCAUAAUAAAUGCAUUCUAUAAAAGGCAACUUCCAGGUGUUAUGAUUCAAAGACAAAUUCUUAUCAGUGCCUUUCACUUCUUACUGAUUUCUUUAAAAAAAAAAUUGGAAAAUAUUUAUUUAGUACCUACAAUAAUGAUCCCUUUUGCUUAUAACUUUAUUAUCGCUAGUUUGAAAGUCGUAUAUUUUAUACAAGUUAUUUAGUAUUUACAUUCCGAAAUUACAUUGUGCAUGUUGGUAGAUACUGAAUAUAUGAAAAGCAAACAGAGAAAGUCAUGAAAAUGUCUACCGAAAUAAAAAUAUCAACGUUUGGUUGUCACAUUGUAAAAUCUACAAUAAUUUUUGUAUAAAAUAUUUUAUUUUGAAGCACAAAACAUAUCAUAAGCUACUGACCUCUGGAAUGUUAUAUCUUAUUACUUUUUUAUACAGAACGUUUCGAGUAAUUCAAUCUUACACGAAACAAUACACAGUUUUAUUUAAAGAAACAGUGCAUUCAGCAUACGAAGCUGGAUCCUCUUAUAUCAUUCAAUUUUUUCUUUUACUUUUUUUUAAUUUCUAAUAGUUAUCAAGAUAGGAGAAAUUGGAGCAAAUUUCUAUAUUUUUCAGUUUUUCGUUUCUACGAUUUUUACUUAAAUCAAUUAUGUAAAAACGAAUAUAUUAAUAUAUUCUUUCAAUUUUCUUCUUUAUAAUUUAUGAGUUUAUCUAAUGAAUACAAAAUGUAUUAAAUUGUUCCAUUCGAAAGCAAGGUGAUACGUGUAUAUAAUAUUUUGUUUUUACUGCUUUAAUUAUUU